GGCACAGGGCUCGUCCCCGUCCCUCGCAAGACAACCUGAAACAGCCCCGCUGGUCCCUGCCUCUCGCCCGAGGGUGCCGCCGGACCUCCAGCUGCUUUUUGCUGCCGAUGCGGGAGCAUCCCCGGUCCCCUCGGAGGGUGACGGGAACGGGACGUCGCCGAGCACCUCCUCGCAAACCCCACGCUGGGACUCUGCCAGUGCGGGGGACGCUGGGAAGAACUUGUUCCCUGACCCAGCUGUUCCCCAAAUACGUGUGUGGCUGCACCCAAAUGCACCCCAGCGCCUGGAAGGAGCUGUUUCCUCGUGCCUGAUGGGGGCCCCGGGGCAGGAACACGAGAGGGUUGUCCAGCGCCUGUACUGGGGAAGCCCAGCCCUGCACGUCAGCGGUGCCUGGUCGGCGGCAGUGCCAGGCCAGGGGCAGUACUACACACAUGUUUGACGCAGUGACAGGCCUGCUUCCUGCCAGUGAGGAUCACAAAGAUGCCUGGGUCCGGGAUAAUGUCUACAGCAUCCUGGCCGUGUGGGGCCUGGGCCUGGCAUACCGCAAGAACGCUGACCGGGACGAGGACAAAGCAAAGGCCUAUGAGCUAGAGCAGAGUGUGGUGAAGCUGAUGCGGGGACUGCUCCAAUGCAUGAUGAGACAGGUGGACAAGGUGGAGGCAUUCAAGUACAGCCAGAGCACCAGGGACUGCUUGCAUGCCAAGUACAACACCCGCACCUGUGCCACUGUGGUGGGAGACCAUGAGUGGGGUCACCUACAGAUGGAUGCCACUUCCCUCUACCUGCUCAUGUUGGCGCAGAUGACAGCCUCAGGCCUUCACAUAAUUCACAGCAUGGAUGAGGUCAACUUCAUCCAGAACCUUGUGUUCUACAUUGAAGCAGCCUACAAAACUGCGGACUUCGGGAUAUGGGAGCGUGGAGACAAGACAAACCAGGGCAUCACCGAGUUGAAUGCUAGCUCUGUUGGCAUGGCCAAGGCUGCCCUGGAGGCACUGGAUGAGCUGGACCUCUUUGGAGCGAAGGGAGGCCCACAGUCCGUGAUACGAGUACUGUCGGAUGAGGUGCAGCACUGCCAGUCCAUCCUCCAUUCAAUGCUACCGAGGGCUUCCACGUCCAAGGAGGUGGAUGCCAGCGUGCUCUCUGUCAUCUCCUACCCGGCGUUUGCUGUGGAGGACAGUGAGCUAGUGGAAAUCACCAAGCAAGAGAUCAUCACAAAGCUGCAGGGGCGCUAUGGCUGCUGCCGUUUUCUCCGUGAUGGAUACAGGACCCCCAAAGAGGACCCUAACCGCCUCUACUAUGAGCCUGCUGAGCUACAGCUCUUUGAGAACAUUGAGUGUGAGUGGCCUCUGUUCUGGACAUACUUGAUCAUCGAUGGGAUUUUCAGCGGCAACAUGGAGCAGGUACAGGAGUACCGGGAAGCCCUUGAGGGGGUCCUCGUCAAGGGGAAGAAUGGUGUGCGCCUGCUGCCGGAGCUGUACAGUGUCCCACCAGAUAAGGUGGAUGAGGAGUACAGGAACCCCCACACUGUGGACAGGAUACCUAUGGGCAAGCUACCGCUUAUGUGGGGCCAGUCCCUCUACAUCCUGGGCUGCCUGAUGGCUGAGGGGUUUCUAGCUCCUGGUGAAAUCGAUCCCCUCAACCGCAGGUUUGCAACCGUCCCCAAACCUGAUGUGGUGGUCCAAGUGUGCAUCCUCGCAGAGACAGAGGAGAUCAAAGCCAUUCUGAGGAAGGAGGGCAUCCAUGUGGAGACGGUGGCUGAUGUGUAUCCCAUCAGAGUCCAACCUGCCCGCAUCCUCAGCCACAUCUAUGCCCGGUUGGGCCGCAACAAGCAGAUGUGCCUCACAGGACGGCCCUUCCGACGCAUGGGUGUCCUUGGGACCUCCAAGCUCUAUAACAUCAGGAAGAACAUCUUUACCUUUACCCCACAGUUUAUAGACCAGCAGCAGUUCUACCUGGCUCUUGACAACACGAUGAUUGUGGAGAUGCUGCGGACAGACCUCUCGUACCUCUGCAGCCGCUGGAGGAUGACCGGGCAGCCAACCAUCACCUUCCCCAUCUCUCACACCAUGCUUGAUGAAACAGGUAACAGUAUCCACCCCAAAGUUCUGGCGAUGCUUCGGAAGCUGCAGGACGGGUAUUUCGGUGGUGCAAGGAUCCAGACGGGUAAGUUGUCUGAGUUCCUGACAACGUCAUGCCGAACACACCUCAGCUUCAUGGACCCCGGGCCGGAGGGUAAGGUCUUUGCCAACGAUUACGAGCUCAGCAUUGACAGCUUUGAGGAGCUAGACCCUGAGGAAUGGCUGCAUGGCUUGCAGUUAGCAGAUGAUGAUGUUGGGAUGUACAUCCCCAGCAAGAUCUUCCAGGCAUCCCAGCAGUCUGUCAACUUGCUGAGCUCUCCUCCCCAACAUGACCUGGAUGGCAAGAGCUACAUGCUCCAUGCAGAGAUGAACCUACCCAGAGAUGAGGCUGGCAACGUGGACUGCAAGGCGCUGGUCGACCAGCUACGCAUCUGCCCCACGCUGCAGGAGCAAGCAGACAUCCUCUACAUGCUCCACAUCCUCAAGGGGCCCAAUUGGCACACUGGGCUUGAGAGCCAACCUGGGCCCACCGUCAAGGAGCUCCUCACUGAGCUGUAUGUGCGGGUGGGGGCCACACGCCAGUGGGCCCUGAUCCGUUACAUCUCCAGCAUCCUCAAGAAGAAGGUGGAAGCUCUGGACGAGGCCUGCACUGACCUCUUGUCUCACCAGAAGCAUUUGACUGUGGGGUUACCCCCAGAGCCACGUGAGAAGACCAUCUCUGCCCCAAUUCCCUAUGAGGAGCUUGUUCGUCUCAUUGACGAAGCUAGCGAGAAGAACCUCAGUGUCUCCAUCCUGACCCAGGAGAUAAUGGUGUACUUGGCCAUGUACAUGCGCACCCAGCCCUCCCUCUUCGCUGAGAUGUUCCGCAUCCGCAUUGGGCUCAUUAUCCAGGUGAUGGCGACGGAGCUGGCACACUCGCUGCGCUGUUCAGCUGGAGAAGCCACCGAGAACCUGAUGAAUCUCAGUCCAUCGGAUGUGAAGAUUCUUCUCUUCCACAUUCUCUCUGGAAAGGAGUUUGGGGUGGAAAAGAGCGUGCGGUCAGUCGACUCAUCGAUCACCACCGCUAUUUCCAUCUGCGAGGUGGGGGCUGUUGGGGCCACCAAGCCCGAGCGUGCCGGCAUCGUCAAGCUGAAAAGUGAGAUCAAACAGCAACUGGAUAAACGUAGGCAGUCUCUGCCUGGGAAUAAGACCAUCAGUGUGCAGUUCGGGGAGGCAGAGCUGAAGUCCUCUCUGUCUACUGGGCGCUCGGAGCUGAUGGGCAAGGACUCUGUCACAAGCUCACUGAAAGACCAGGGUGCUAAGGACAGCCGCCAGGGCCAGUGGCAGCGGAGACGGCGGCUGGAUGGGGCCCUCAACCGUGUCCCUGUGGGCUUCUACCAGAAGGUCUGGAAGGUACUGCAGAAGUGCCAUGGCCUCUCCGUGGAGGGCUUUGUUCUCCCCUCUUCAACAACCAGAGAGAUGACCCCAGGGGAAAUGAAGUUUGCAGUGCAUGUGGAGUCAGUUCUCAACCGCGUGCCCCAGCCGGAGUACAGGCAGCUGCUUGUGGAAGCUAUCUUAGUGCUCACCAUGUUGGUGGACACGGAGGUCCACACUAUUGGUGGCAUCAUUGCUGUGGAAAAGAUCUUGCACAUUGCCAACGACCUGUUCUAUGAGGAGCAGAAGGCCCUGGGUGCUGAUGAUCACAUGCUGGAGAAGGAUCCCACCACCGGCAUUUGCAGCCUCCUGUAUGACAGUGCACCCAGCGGUAGGUUCGGCACCAUGACCUACCUGUCCAAAUCAGUGGUGAUGUACUUGUACGACUUCCUGCCCAGCGAAGGUUGCUCCAUGCAGUAGUUCUUGGAGCUCCUCUCCCCAGUUUGCAGACUGCUUGUGAGGGUUGUUUCAUACAGCUUUUAAAGUCAGGCCUUAGGCUAGUUUGCAAGCAGCCUGCAUAGUUCUCUCUCCUCUGAGCCCUGACCUUGCUGCUGCUCUCAGUGGGAGAGUGGCUCUCCAGAGGGGCUCUGCAGGAGGUGUGUGUGUCCACACUGAUCUGUGUCAGUGUACAGACUGCAGAGCAGGGGCUGGCCCAGAAAGGCUGGACUUCAAAGUCUGUUUGUGUUAGGACUGUCUGUUUGCAUGGAUUCUUGGGCUGUCACUCCCUGGGCAGGGUGGUGUUCAAAGGAGACUGCGAGAGGACACCCCCGACCUGGUGCGUGCGCUCUGCACUGCUGCAUUCCCUGUCCACCUGAUGGUCCCUCCACCUCCAGCAGAUUUGAGGGUGUUUUACCUGUUUUGUGCUGCUUUUUGCUCCAAACUUGCAGGGUUUAAAAUAAGCCCUUGCUUCUCUGCUGCUGGUGGAAAGUUUGUGUUGGGGGAAUAGGGAAUGCCCCUUGAGCCUCUCUCCCAGCACUGCCACGUUCCCUAAUCGGAACAGUCCAGCCCAGGCACAGCCACGGUUGGGAGCAGACAGACCAACGUGCCUUCUUCCAGCGUCCUGUGCACUGAGCUGGGGAGGCUUUGAGAGCCAGGCGCACUUGAGGGUGGUGAUAUCCCUGUGUUUGCUUAGAGCUGCAAGGACAGGGCUCCUGGUUGGCCGGCUGUGGCAGCGCUUCGGUGCUCUGUGGUGUCUGUCUACUACCCGCCGUCCCUGCCUGUGUUGCUAAUGCAUAAAUCACAGGCUCUUGAAUUUCAACUUGCCCUGUGGAGCAGCUCUAAACGGACUCUUGGUUUGGUGUUAGCUGCACACACCAGCUGGCACGUGAUGGGCUUCAUCCUCAGUUCUUGCCUCUGCUCCCAGCCUCAGCUCUCACAGCCUAGGACAGGAGGGUGACAGUGGCUUGAGUGGAUGAGUGCCCUGCUCCCUCUCAUGGGUGCUCACAGCUUGCAACCCACAUAAGGUAUUGCUGCUAGACUGAUGGAGGUCAGGCACACCGUGGAUUGCCAUAUGAGCUCCUCGCUGCACCCCUAGCACGCUGGCUAGUGGGGAAAGUGAGUUGCAUGUGUGUUGUCUGAUCUCUAGCUUUAUUUGGCCUUAGAGCUGGGCUGAGAGUAUUUCUUGGGUUGCUUUCAGGAGAGUUUCCUGACUGUAGCAGUUACUCUGUUAUCAGUGGGCACUCAUCCAUCCUCCAAAGUCAUGUUCUUGAACUGCCCUUUCUACCAAGGGUUACAAUUGAUGCAGCACCUCUCGCCCCACUGGGCAUUUGAGGUGAUGCUGGCAACCCCAGGAAGAGUGAAGUGAAAGAGGGGCACUCGGGGGAGUAGCUGAAGUGCUAGAGUGCUUUUCCUCCUACUGGCUUCAUCCACAUGCGAUAACCCUUGCCAUGGGUCUGAGACAGGGAGAGGACGAGGCCAGAAGAGACCUUAGGCCGUUGCCCGAUUGCUCUCCUUGUCUUGAGAAAAUUGGGAACUAAGAUUAGAGCUACCCGGGCUCUUUCACAAGCCUGGGGCAGGGCGUGUGGUGCUUUAGAAAGCGCUGCUCGCUCGCUCUCUAUCGCCGGACGACAGGGUCCUGCUCAAAACACAGAGCGUCCGUAUGCGUGGGUUGUUCUGGCUGCUCCAGGGUGGCCGCAGUCAAAGGAAAAGGGGGAACUGCGUGUCUGCGGCCACACGUGUGCGCUCUUGCAUGCUGUCAGAGGAUUUUUUUAAUACCUUGUGGACAAGUGCUAAAUAUUUCUACUUCUUGGGGGGAGGGAGGGAGGAACCGCCUCAGCGGAGGCGACCUCGG